AUGCAAAUGAAAAUGGCCCACCCCUUCUCUGCUCUCUUGCUGCCGCUGGUCUGCUCUGAGAGCCACCAUUCAGAAAUGGUGUAGAAUAUCAGGAAAAACAGCCAGGGAGAACGGCUAGAAAGAGGACCGAGGCUACAAGACGUACAAUAACGGCACAGGAGAGCUAUUCAGAAGAGCCGGGGGUCAAAGGUGAGAAGAGCAGAGGGCACCAUGGAGAGUGAGCCGGGGGCCCCUGCCUCUACGGCAAACAGCGCCGGGACCGCCACCACCACCGCCGCCACCACCUCCAGCACCACAGCUGCCAGCAGUAGUAGUACCUCUAACAUUACUGCUACUACUUCUACGGCUUCCACGAGCAGUAGUAGUAGUAGUAACACUAACAGUAGUGCCAGUAGUAGUAUUACAACAGCAGGAAGACAAACAGUGCCUCAGAUAUCUGUUUACAGCGGGAUACCUGACCGACAAACAGUGCAGGUGUUUCAGCAGGCGUUACACAGGCAGCCUAACACAGCAGCACAGUACCUGCAGCAGAUGUACGCGGCUCAGCAGCAGCACCUGAUGUUACAGACCGCAGCCCUCCAGCAGCAGCACAACCUUAGCACCGCUCAGCUCCAGAGCCUGCAGGCCAGUAUCGCAGCUGGCCGCCAAAGCUCCUCACAGAACGGCACUUCAUCCCAGCAAACAGGAUCAACUCAGGCUACGAUCAACCUGACCACCUCCCCGGCAGCAGCUCAGCUGAUCAGCCGGGCCCAGAGCAUUAGUUCCACCCCCACCAGUAUUUCCCAGCAGGCUGUUCUGCUGGGCAGCCCAUCUACCACCACGCUCACUGCCAGCCAGGCACAGAUGUACCUGCGCGCACAGAUGGCCCAGCAGAGUAAUCUGGUGCAGGUGGCCAGGAGCCUGGGCCGGGCUGUUCCUCUGUCCCCGCAGCUCAUCUUUACUCCAACGGCCACAGUGACUGCUGUCCAGUCGGAGAGCUCCACGCAAGCCUCCUUACAGAAUCAGGUCCAGAACCUUGUCAUCCGUGGCCAGCAGGGGGCAGCCACAUCCUCCUCUCAGACUCAGAGCCUGCAGGCUCUUAGUCUGAAGCAGAGCCCUGUGCCCAUCCAGCCCGCCUCACUGAUCAAGAAUCCCAGCCAAGUAACGCAGGCGUCCACAGGAGGGAAGGCUGUCUCCUUCGACAGUUCAUCCGAAGCAGGGAAGAAGGGGGACAGCGCAGCAGUCACAGAAGUCCGAGCUAUAAACAUGAGCCGCAGUGUCACAGCUGUCAGUGCUCAGCCCCUGAUUGUUCCAGCAUACACGCAAAUUCAGCCCCACUCCCUGGUUCAGCAGCACAAGCAGCAGCAGCAGUUUGUGGUCCAUCAGAGUCAAGGUUCCCAGAGGACCACGGGCCAGCUGCUGCAGACGGCCUCCAUUCAACCAUCACAGCACCCUGUCCCUGUUCUGCCCAAACCUGCUCCACACCAGCCCUCCAUGCCCAGCCAGCAGGCCACCAUCUUCCACUCCACCAUCAGCCCCCACGCCCUCCACUCUUCUCUCAACCAUGCCAAAGCUCAGCCCGUCCAGCUCACGGCCAUCAACCUGCAAAUACAGCCAACGGCCUCUAGACUGGUCCAGGACAGUAAAGAUAAGCCAACCUCUCUGGUGGUCAGAGAGACAUGUCCAGCCCCGGCCACGCAGCAGCAGCAGCAGCAGCAGCAACAACAGCAGCAGCAACAACAGCAGCAGCAACAACAGCAGCAGCAACAGCAACAACAACCGCAACAGCAACAGCAACAACCACAGAUACAGCAGCAGCAGCAACAACAACAGCAACAGCAACAACAGCUGCAACAACAGCAACCUGCGCCUUCGCCAUCACAACCCACUAAACCUAUAGAGCAGCCCAAGGUUGCCCCAGCCCCCCCAGCUGUUCAUCCACAAGCAGGAGGGGGCUCAGCCAAGAGGCCGAGUGCUGCACCUGGGACCCCACCUCCAGCCAUGACCUCAGGAAAUGAGAACGAGGCACCCACUGUGACGGGCAGCACGCCGCACAACGGAGAGAACAAACCGCCCCAGGCCAUCGUCAAGCCCCAGGUCCUCACACAUGUCAUCGAGGGCUUUGUCAUCCAGGAGGGAGCGGAGCCAUUCCCCGUGUGUGUGGAGCGUCUGCCCAUUCUCAUCGACAGCCCAAGGAAGCUGGAUCAUCAGCUCUCCUCAGACCCCGACAAAACCCCCGUCAGCAACGCAGCAAACACCGACUCUGAGCCUGAAGACCUGAACCAGUCAGAAAAAGAGCAAGAACCCAAGCUGACAUGUGAAUACUGUGGCUGGGUCGACUUUGCUUACACGUUCAAAGGCUCUAAGAGAUUCUGCUCCAUGGUUUGUGCAAAGAGGUACAACGUGGGCUGUACAAAGCGGAUAGGCCUUUUCCAUCCAGAGAGGAGUAAACCGACUAAUCGCUGGCGUAGAAGAUCUCAAGGCCGCUCGAGUAUAGAGGCGAAGAAGCGGAAGCUGUCCCCCUCACCGCAGCAGACUCAGGGCGGGUCUGUAUCCUCACCGCAUCCCUCCCAGCCCAGUCAGGAGGAGUCCAGCCCGUGUUCGGACAUGUCCAGCUACGAGGAGCCGGCGUCUCCCCUUUCUGCAGCCAGCUCUGGAUCCCUGGCCCCUGCUCCGGCCCCAGCUCAGGUUCCCGUCCACCGGCAUCCGAGCAGGGCCUCGGACCAGGAGAGCUGUGCUGUUAGAGAUGCACCUUCACUCGGUCAGCGCUUCUUACCCAACGACCCCACCAAGUGGAAUGUGGAAGAAGUUUACGAGUUCAUUCGUUCAUUGCCAGGUUGUCAGGAGAUAGCAGACGAGUUUCGCUCUCAGGAGAUUGAUGGACAGGCCUUGCUACUGUUAAAGGAGGACCACCUCAUGAGCACCAUGAACAUUAAACUGGGACCCGCACUCAAAAUCUUCGCACGCAUCAACUUGCUCAAAGAUUCUUAGCAGUACAGUGUGUGUGUGUGUGUGUGUGUGUGUGUGUGUGUGUGUGUGUGUGUGUUGUGUGUGUGUGUGUGUGUGUGUGUGUGUGUGUGUGUGUGUGUGUGUGUGUGUGUGUGACAAAGAAGAGCAGUGUAAAACUAAAUGAUAACAGACUGACUGCACUAUGACCUCGCCUUCUUUCUACUACUGAACUGGUUCCUUUAAAUCUUACUUUAGCUUGCUCUCAUAUUCAAUUGCAUCUGCUCAAUAACAUGCAACUCUGUCAUUUGCAGGACUGAUGGUUACGUUGGAUGGCAUAUUAGAGUUGAGGCACGGGCAAAAUACACCCAGCAAGUUAAAAGAUCGCCUAACUAGCCCAAAGAGCAUCAUUGCUUUCCCUGACCUGAACCAUGUAAUGUUGUGUACCUAUUUUACAUAAUACGAUCAGAUCAUAAUGAAAUCAAAACAAUACAAUAUCAACAAUAAUGCUUAUUAAUACCAGGUGUUGAUUGCAAAGGUCUUUAUUAAAUGGCAUUGUCUAGAAACACACCUAUAACACAGUAGCAGGUGUAAAUGGAGUCUUGGAUUUUGCUGGGAGGGAAAAUUGGAGAAGUUCUACGGAAAAAUGGAGAAGAAAGUUGAAAGAACAAUUUGUGCUAAAGUGCACUACCUGCUCAGUUGUGCCGGGGUUGGGUCAUACUGCAACUGAGUACUGACUGAAUUAAGGCAUUGAGGCAAAUGAGAUUGAUGUCUAAAUUUAUUAUUAUUAUAUUAUUAGAGAUGUCUUUGUACAGCUUUGUCAGUGUGUGAAUGGAAGAGAGACAUUUUUCUUUGUAUGUAUGACUGGGAACAGAGGAUGGCAUUCAUUAAUUUUCUAAUUUUUAAUUAAGUAGAGGUUCCUUAUGCCUUUUCUCACAAAACUCACCGCUCUCGAAUACAAAAGCUUGAAUGCAGAGAAAUCAUUUACGCUGUUCUUUUGUGACAUCAAUUCCACUUUCAUGAAUAUCUCGCCAGUUUUUCUCCUGUAGAUUUAAACUGCAUACAAAUGAUUUUUCACCACUUUUUCAAAAAUGAUUUUCUAAAUAGGAUAUUGAUUUCUUGUUUCAGUUUCAUAGGAGGACAGUAAGUUUUCUGAGGAACAAUUUGGGAGUGCUGCUCUCCACAGCCCGGCUUAUGGCACUUAUUUUCAUUUUGUUUUAAUGUUAGGAGACACUCCACCUUAAGGGAAACUGGCAUUUGUGCAGCAAUGCUAACACAUUUAUAUGUACAUAGCAGCUAAAGUGAGAAGAAAAUUCUAAGUGUGAAGCUGGUGAUUUUUAAGUUAUCCUUGUUAUUUUAAAACAGAAAGGUAAUGUUCAAUAUUUUGAAAUAUGCAAAUGUAUAAAUAACAGCUUUUGUUUGUCCUAACAAAAUAUGUUCAAAACUAUUUGUUUGCGGCUCUGAUGGAAGGUCGACCUUUACAGGAUAAGGCUUUGUGAAAUGCUUGUAUUUAUCAAAACAGUUUGUUACACAACCUUUUACAAUUAUAAAUAAUUUGCAAUACA